GCAUGCCACUCUAGAAUGUAUCGUCGGUAUUUACGUUUUCUUAAAUCUUAUGAAAAAGUCACCGAGCCACUUGACAGGGAGGAUUCAGGAGUGUCUGGUGUGUUGAAAUCAACGACUGGUGAAAGUUUUGACAUCUCUUCGUUACCUGAAAUGAUCACCAUGGCACAAGUCGGAAGCCUCCAACUGACCAAACCAGCCCCUGAAUUCAAUGCAAAGGCUGUCGUCAAUGGUGACUUUAAAGAUGUCAAACUCUCAGACUACAGAGGAAAAUAUGUGGUUCUGUUUUUCUACCCUCUAGACUUCACGUUCGUCUGCCCAACAGAAAUUAUUGCAUUCAGCGAUCGGUCUGAAGAAUUCCGCAACAUCAACUGUGAGGUCCUUGGAUGCUCCACAGACAGCGUGUACUCACAUCUAGCAUGGAUCAACACCCCACGGAAGCAGGGUGGUCUUGGCAACAUGAAGAUCCCCCUCCUUGCUGACAAGACCAUGGAGAUUUCCCUCAAAUAUGGCUGUCUGAAGGAAGAUGAAGGAGUUGCAUUCAGAGGACUUUUCAUCAUUGACGACAAGGGCAACCUGCGUCAGAUGACCAUCAACGACCUCCCUGUCGGACGCUCUGUGGACGAGACCCUCAGACUGGUUCAAGCAUUCCAGUUCACUGACAAGCAUGGAGAAGUUUGCCCCGCUGGAUGGAAGCCCGGUGCAGACACCAUGAAACCCGACCCCAAGGGAAGCCAGAACUACUUCUCCAAGGUCAACUGAGGACAUGACUUGGAGGAGGACUACACCUAGUCACUGCAAGUGGAUGAAGGGCACAACAACAUCAUGCAGGGGACAUGUCAAUAGUGCUGUCAUAUUGGGAACAUUGUCAUCAUGAUCACUUCGGUUUCCUGCCAAGAUCAUCGAUACUUGCCUGAUUGUGUAGUAGCAGUUUCAUCAUUCAUCAUACAUUUGACCAUGGCACAGGGGAGAUAACUGCUGUCAUAUCAUAUUUUGUCACUUGAUAUCGAGUUAUUUAUUUGAAGACACUCGUUCAUUCUGUCCCCAGAUAUGUUGUUAUUGUUAAUGGCACUUCCUUAACUGUCAGAUGAAUAAAUUUUGGAAAUAGAA